GACUCCAGACUUCAGCUUAUAUCAUCCAAAUGUUAAGUGGGAGAACCCAAAUUAAUUAUAAAAAAAAAGACAGAGAAUCAAUCAGCCCCUAGUAAUUUGCAUGACAAGCCUGGAGCGCAUCAGGACCGAUUGGGAUGAUUUCCACCUCGGCAGAACAUUCGUCCCAGUUUGCUCUUUCCUGUUUGAUAUGCACAGCCGAGCAGCUACCAUCUUGGAUAAGCGGAUGACAGUCCAUCACUCUCAUCUUACGAUCAGCGGUGCCCACUCAGAUCGGACGGCGGAGAGCAGCCGAACUGCCGGCCGGCGCAGGUUAGCAGAGCCCAAGGGCCGCGGGGAUUUCGGAGUUCUCCAGGGCGGAUGACGGAGUCCGCCGACAGGGUGGCGGCGACGUGCCGUCCCGCCCACGGUUGAAGACUCUUUCUUUACUAUUUUUCUUUAUGUUUCUCUUUGUUCCACGGUUAAGGAGUUUGAUGCCGACCGAUUCCAUCGUCAAAACAAGGAGGCCGAAUCCCAAACCAAACCCUCCCCUUUACACGCGUUCUUUUUCUCCUUCCCUUGGAUCCGAUCCGUCCUCCUCCAGGCGCUCGAGACCUCGGGCUCCUCCUCCAGAUCCGCCAAGAAGGGGCGCCGAGUCUCGAAAGCAGAGGAGAGGAAAACGGGAUCCGAGGGGGACCUCAUCAGCCUCCUUAUCCACUCAAAAUUCGGACGAAAUCCACUGGAAUUCGAUCAUCUAAUCGCAUCCCAGAUUCAAAGAUCCAAUCUUGGUAGGUUGCAGAAGCAAAUUGGAUCGGUUUCUUGAAGGGAAAAAAGAAUCCAGCAAUCAAUUCCGAUUGAAUGAGACAAAAAACAGGGAUUCAACAGCGUGAUGGAAAUGUGCCGAAUUCAUCAGAUCCGGCUCCUCUGAGAGGCGAUCCGAGUGCGGGAAUCGGAGGAGAUCGAAUACGAAUACCAUCCAAGAUGAGCAGCGGAGGCGGUGGCAGGGAGGAGGCGGUGAAGCUGGACGACGAGCAGCUGGCGGAGCUCCGGGAGAUCUUCCGGUCGUUUGACCGAAACAACGACGGCAGCCUCACCCAGCUGGAGCUCGGCUCCCUUCUCCGGUCUCUAGGUCUGACGUCCAGCCCGGAUCAGCUGGAGUCUUUGAUCCAGAAGGCGGACACCAAUAACAAUGGACUGGUGGAGUUCUCCGAGUUCGUGGCUCUCGUCGCACCGGAGCUCCUCCGGGCCAAGUCCCCCUACACGGAGGAGCAGCUCCGGCAGCUGUUCAAGAUGUUCGACCGGGACGGCAACGGCUUCAUCACGGCCGCCGAGCUCGCCCACUCCAUGGCCAGGCUCGGCCACGCCCUCACCGCCAAGGAGCUCACCGGCAUGAUCAAGGAGGCCGACACCGACGGCGACGGCCGGAUCAGCUUCCCGGAGUUCUCCCAGGCCAUCACCUCCGCCGCCUUCGACAAUUCCUGGGCUUGAUCCUUCGACUUCUUCUUCCGGUUUAUGUACUGAAGAAAAAUCUUAAGCCGCAUCAAUCUUAUGCUGGUAAAGUUUUCAUUGGCACAAAAGAUACUUCCAUGAGGACAUGGAUAAAGUAACAUUAUUAAAAGCCCAAGCAUCAUUUGGACAUGGUACAUCUUACUUUGUCAGAAGAACCAAUCUAUUUGAAGUCUCACCAUGAGGGAUCUGUGGCUGAGGCAUGCUGCAUCAAUGUGAAUGUGAGGGAUAACACCACUUCAAGACUUGAACCCUGACCUCAUUCUUGAAAGCGAGUGCAUCUAUGCAGCAUCUAGCUGUGCAAUAUUGUGAGGGAUAAAAGCAUCUUUUUGAGUAGAGGAAAUAAACCAUUCGCAUGGAAUCUCCUCCUUUUUGUGAAGUCCUGCGAGUAAUUGUGACUGCGAACGUAAGGACCUGAAUCCUUUAGCCUCCGACUGUGCAUAUUUAAAGGAGGUUUUCUUGUUUGGCUUUCAACAGUGUUUGCAAGCAUGCAUUCCCUUCUCUCUUUGUUUCCAUGGAUGACUUCUAUAGUGCAUAAUAGUUUACAAUGCUAGAUUCUACUUUUU